AUGGGCGUUGUCGUCAAGUGUGAUGCUGCUCUUUUCUUGCCUUGCACUGCAGGAAUUCAGGCAUUCACUACCGAUGAUGAGACAAAGCAAGGUAGUCCCGUUCUCAUUUGUAACCGAGCUGUUUUCCCCAGAUACUGCUCCAUGUAUACUAUAUUGGAAAUAGCCGUAACCAUUCCCAACCAAUGCCUGUAUUCCAAUCUGCAGUGA